UAUCGACAAAUAAAAUUUAUUGUUAACACCACAUUGUCCCAUCUGAAUGACUGGACAGUGAGUGGUCAUUCAUGUUGUCUUGCCUUUCGAUGUUCUUGGUGUGUGCGUCAUAUAAAUCAAACCAAUGAAUCAGACAAAACAAUGGCCGCCAGAAACAGACUUCUAGAAAGCAGACGCCAAAGUCUUGAUAUUUUAUCAGCCUCAAAACUACAAAGCUCUUCUGUCGCCAAUGGACUUAGUGAGAGAUAUAGCACUUUCAGUGUUAGAGGAGACAAAGCGGAAACGGAAACAAACAACAUUGGUGCGAGAGACUCCAGCAACACAGAGAAAACCAACAACAUUGGUGCGAGAGACUCCAGCAACACAAAGAAAACCAACAACCAAACAUCCACACAGAAAAACGCGGGACCAACAUUUCUGCAGAAAGUGUUUUCCUGGAGGGGCGCCAUUGUGCUGUUGCUGCAUACGUCUGUUCUUGUGAAUGUCUUGCCCAGAAACAACAUGCCCAUCGCUUUGGUCUGUAUGGUGAAUAGACCCAAAGUGCCCGAGGUCAAUUCUACGAAUGCGACGGAUUCAUUAGCCACGCCUGACAACAGCACCAUAGUGGAGGACAUUCAAUUUGAGUUUGACUGGGACUCUGAGACUCAGGGCUAUCUCUUGACCGGCGUCCAGUUUGUUGGAUUUCUCGGUCCUCUGGUGGCCAACAUGAUCAAGAGUCAGAUUGGUGGAAAGUUGUGCCUAAUAUUGCUCUCACUGGUGAUAGUUGUUCUGAGCCUGGUGUCUCCUCUAGCAGCCAGGACCAACAUCUACUUACUUCUGGCUAUACGUAUUAUAACAGGAAUAUGUUCUGGAGCUACUGCACCAGUUGUCGGAGAAGCUCUUGCUUGGUGGUCUCCUGACUCAGAGAAACUGACUUGGAUAGCUUUUAGUUAUGCAGGUUUUAAUGUUGGUGCUAUAGUGUGCUCUGUUGUCUCUGGAUAUCUCUGCACUGUUUCCUUGGACAAUGGCUGGCCUUUUAUUUUUUACUUUACAGGUACUGUCAACCUGAUUUGGUUAAUGGCCUGGUAUUUUCUCUACAUGGACAAACCAGAGAAACAUCCUUACAUCAGUGAAACAGAGAGAGCGUACAUCUUGGCCAAUCGAACUGGCAUGACUACGUCAACGGAAAAAAAAUUCAAAGCACCCUACAAAAAGAUGGUGACAUCCAUUCCAAUGCUGGCCUAUGUCUACUCCUCUACCUGCCAUUUUUGGACAAUGACAAUUAUAUUCACCUACCUGCCCCUCUACAUCAGCGGAGUGUUACAAGUUACGGCUGAAAAGACUGGACUUUUGUUUUCUCUCAUUGCUUUCUUCCGGUUUCUUGGAGCCUUUUUCUGGACAGGGUUAGGCAACUGGAUGAUCUCCUUCACCUCGAUGAGCAAGACCAAAAUUAGAAAACUCUGUGUCUUUACAGGUUUCAUUAUUGCUGGCUCCCUCAAUCUGUCCCUGUGCUUUCUAGACGUAGAGUACAAAGUGGCUGCUCUAUGUAUCUUGAUGAUAAUGAUGGUGUUACAGGCAGUGGGCAUGACUGGUCUCACCGUGAUCCCACUUGAAAUGGCGCCCAUGUUUUCAGGGUUGAUUACAAGUAUCAACUUUUCAUUUGCCGGGCUGGUAGUUAUUUCUGGUCCUUUAAUAGUUGCUAACAUUGCACCAAAUAAUACUUUUGAAGAAUGGAGAAUAGUUUGGAUCUUAACCAGCGUUGUCUACAUAUCGGCUGGAAUUGUCUUCGUCCUGUUUGGUCAAGCUGAACUCCAGCCCUGGGCACAAGGCAAGCAAGAGGUCGUGCCCAACAUUGUUCUGCCUUUUGUCCACAUGGGCCGCAGAUUCUCCAAUUUCCAUGAGACGCUGCCGCUGAGCCCAGUCAGCGCAACCAAGAAGUUUGACUUCGGUCUCAACGCCCAGCUGGCCUUUAUGUUGCCCGCUCUCCCAGAGUCUCCACAAAUAACUGACCAGCUGCACCUUCAGCUUGACCUGAGCCCAGCCAGUAAUACAACGAGACACAUGUUUGCAGUUACGUCCAGGCAGGACAGUUAUAGAGAAGAUACAAGUGUUGGAGUGGACAACACAGGCUAUCAGACAGAUCAGAUAGUUAGUGUAGCGGUUAUAGCAUUGAAUGAGAACAAACAACUGGCAUCGGGUGAUACGACAACUGGAAACAACAUUACUAUAUCAGACGGAGUACAAAUGUUAAGGAAGAGUUACAGUGACACCGAGCUUACACUUCAUCAUAAAACUUCCGUUGUAGCACAACUAUUAGAUCAAACUCGUGCAAUGGAUGCAAAUGAGACUGCUGAUGACAAAAUAGAUUCGCAGGAAUCAAACGUUAUAAACAAUGAUUUGAAUAUAAAUAAAGUUUCAGAGACAAUCUGUGCAACCAAAAUUAAAGACAGUGUUGAGGAUUAUGAUGAACAUAAAUAAACAGCUAUGCUAGAACAACAAAUAAAUACAUCUUUUUUUGUUUAAA